UGUGAAAGCUCAGAUCCGUGGGGGGUUUCUAGAGAGUCAAGAGGUUUAUGCUCAGUUCUUUCGGCCGAGAGAUAGAGAGAGAGAGAGAGAGAAUGUCUCCGUCGUCUGUUACUUCGAUCGCACUUCUCUUGUUCUUCCUCCAGCUCGGAGGUAGCGUUAGUGCGCUUUACGGACCCUCGUCGCCUGUUCUUCAACUCACUCCGUCGAACUUCGAAUCCAAGGUUUUAAACUCAAAUAGGAUUGUUCUUGUUGAAUUCUUUGCGCCAUGGUGUGGUCAUUGUCAAGCUCUGACACCUAUAUGGGAGAAGGCAGCCACUGUGUUGAAGGGUGUAGCUACGGUAGCGGCUCUUGAUGCUGAUGCACACAAGUCGCUUGCUCAGGUGUGGUACAGAAAUGAUCUUUAGCUUCACCUCAGUCGA